GGGAGAGAGAGAGAGAGGAGUUUGGGUGAGAGGGGGAGAGAUGGGGUGCAGAAGAAGGAGCUGCAGACAAAAACAAGCUGUCCUCUAUCUGGUGAGGUAAUCUCGUUUGUUGAAGGAUACCUCAAGCUGGACAAUACUCGAUACAAGAGAUUCAACAACAGAGGCCGUAUUCCUCCCUGGCGUUUCCCCAUUCCCACCAUCAAAGUUCACCCCCAGCUGUGUCAGUGAUGCAGUGCGACGAGCUCUCAGCCAGAGAGGAGUUCACCUACAGCCACAUGCCCACUCUGGAGAGGGGCGGCGGGACGCUGGGGAGACGGGGAGACAGGGGAGGGGAGAGAACGCCGGGGGAGCGCUAUAGGCCCGAGCGGGACAGCUUCACGGUGGACGUGAGGGCCAGUGACCUGCAGCUGGCCCAGCCGGAGCCUCUAAAGCACCCCUGCUUCAGCUACAGGGCCUGGCUCUACAGUGUCCUCAUAGGGGGCAGUCUGCUCAUCACAUCUGGUUUCUCUCUGUACCUGGGAAAUGUGUUUCCUGUUGCCAUGGACUACCUACGCUGUGCUGCAGGCUCUGGUCUCCCUGCUGCGAUUGUCAGUUUUGCCAUCGCCAAGAACAGACAUGUUGCAGUAUCGGAUUUCCAGGUGGUCUAUGUGUCAACAUUUGCAGUGACGACCACAUGCCUGGUUUGGUUCGGAUGUAAACUGGUGGUGAACCCUUCUGCUGUCAAUAUCAACUUCAACCUCAUCCUGAUGCUUUUGCUGGAGGUGUUGAUGGCCAGUACCGUCAUCCUGUCAGCCCGCUCUGCAGAGGACUGCUGCUGCCACAGGAAGCCGGUGACGUACGACAGAUCGGUGGCUGUAGCGCCUGCAGUGUUCCCGACGCGACUCCUAAAAGCCUAUUCUGUAAUAGAAGUAAUCGUGGGCAUUUCUGCUGUAUUUGGAGGAAUUAUUGCUCUCAACAUGGACGCUUUGCUACCCGGCCCCUACUUGUCCGUCACAUUUUUCUGGAUCCUUGUUGCUUGUUUUCCGAGUGCUAUUGCGAGUCAUGUUGUGUCAGAAUACCCCAACAGAUGUCUGGUGGAGGUGUUGAUUGCCAUCAGCAGUGUGACGUCGCCACUGCUCUUUUCGGCCUCCGGCUUCCUUUCUUCCAGUGUCAUCAACUUCAUUGAUAUUUUCUUGCACGACGUGCCCACGGCCAAGCAAUCCUACGACAUCCUGCUGCUGAUUCUGAUGGUGCUGCUGCUGCUGCAGGCGAUACUCACUGCAGCCACUGUGGUGCACUGUGCCUCCUACAAGAGUCAGCUCCGCAUGGGGGCUCCAGAGUACAAUGACCGCAUGCAAAGCCCGGCCCAUUACUACGAGCGAGCAGCCUGCGGGACGCUGCAGGAUUUCGACAAGGACCGAGCCUGGAAGGCAGUUGUGGUGCAAAUGGCCCAGUGAACAGCGCCACAGUACACAGAGAAGUUUGAGUACAAAUGGAACACAGUGGAAGAAAUUCGAGGCAAUAACAAUGUGUCCGGAGAUUUAGAAAGAGAAAUAAGAGAAAAGAAAGAAGGAUUUAAGGAACGGUUUUUAAGAUGAUUAUUAUUUGUAUUAAAAUGGUAAUGCUUUGAACAUUUUACACGUUUUGACAUAGUUUGUUUUUUAUAUGUUUGCCUGCUUACUGUAGUGAGUAUUAUGUGACCUGGACAUUGAAUCGUUUCCUGUAGUUUUCACAUUGACACUCCCUGGCCUUAACAAAUCGUUUUGUGAUGUAUGAAAAUGCCUGGAAUCUCUCUUUACAGUAAAUACAUUCAACAUCAGUUAUUUGGUAUCGAUGGAAGGCUGCUAUUUCAUCGUGAUAUCGGAUGACGUACAAAUGCACAAAUGAUACAGUGAUUUUAUUUCUUCCUGAUUCCCUUUUCAAAUACUGACUUAUCUUUGCUCUCU